CCUGGAGCCUCGGGAGCUGCAGCUCGGGCGCAGGGUGGCGAGAGGCGGAUUCCGGAGGCCCUGGCCCGCUGCGUCCUACUGUGGUUAGGGACGAGUACUCUUGAGUUCUGCAGAUGUUAAGUGAUUUGCUCAAGGUGCCCUCUUCAUGAUAUUUGGAGCCCAGGCCACCAUCCUGUCAGCCUGCCAUUAGGUUUAAAGGAGCGCCUGAUCAGAAUGGCUUCAGGGUGGUUUUACCUGUCCUGCCUGGUGCUGGGGUCCCUGGGCUCGAUGUGCAUCCUCUUCACUGUCUACUGGAUGCAGUUCUGGUGUGGCGGCUUUGCUUGGGAUGGCAGCACCCACACGUUCAACUGGCACCCGGUGCUCACAGUUGCCGGCAUGGUGGUGUUCUACGGAGCUGGGUCGCUGGUGUACCGCCUGCCCCAGUCGUGGCUGGGGCCCAAGCUGCCCUGGAAGCUCCUCCACGCAGCCCUGCACCUGAUGGCCUUCAGCCUCACUGUCAUGGGGCUGGUUGCUGUGUUUAAGUUUCACAACCACAACCACAUCGCCAACCUCUACUCCCUGCACAGCUGGCUGGGCAUCACGGCUGUCUUCCUCUUCGCCUGCCAGUGGUUCCUGGGCUUUGCCAUCUUCCUCCUGCCCUGGGCGUCCCUGUGGCUGCGCAGCCUCCUUAAACCCAUCCACGUCUUCUUCGGAGCCUCCAUCCUCUCUCUGUCCAUUGCGUCUGUCAUUUCCGGCAUCAAUGAGAAGCUUUUCUUCGUUUUGAAAAACGCCACCGAGCCGUACUCCAGCCUGCCCAGCCAGGCUGUCUUUGCCAACAGCACUGGGAUGCUGGUGGUGGCCUUCGGGCUGCUGGUGCUCUACAUCCUUCUGGCGUCCUCUUGGAAGCGCCCAGAGCCAGGGAUGCUGACUGACAGACAGCCCCUGCUGCAUGAUGGGGAGUGAAGUGGGGGCGCCCAGGAGCACCCAGUGGUGUGCUCUGUGCUCCCCUCAGAAGCUCUGCUCUACCUGGGGCAUCCAACUGGUGUCGGCAACAGACUUUGUAGGGCUCUGGGCCCACGCUGCUCCUUGCCUCGGUGCUGGGCCUCCUCUCUCCGGCCACUUGCUGCCUGUCUACUUUUCUGGUGGCUUCAACUUCUGUACCCUUCUUGGCAUCGACUUCUCAGGUCCUCCACUUACACAAGGUCCUCCUUGCCCUGGCCGCUCCUGCAGCCCCUGCGUCCCCUAACAUCUCCUUGGGCUCGUGGGAAGUCCCCACAGCUCAGAAGAGCCAGGACUCAAGUGCAAUCCAUGACGUGGAAAAGGAGGGAGGUGACACACCCGUCAGCUUUCCCUCGAAGGCAGCAGUUCAGUUAGCUGCCCUGCCACAGAGCAGCUGUCCCCAUCCAGCCCCUCCUGGAUGUGAGUCACGUCACGAGGUGACCACAGGAGAAGGGGAGAAGGGCAGCAGAUGCAGCUUCCGCAGAGGAGCUGAGGAGCUGACCACUCUGAGCCCUGUGUCACUGCGUUUGUGCCUGUGUGUGUUGUGACUGUGUGGCUCCACCUCUUCCAGCUGCUGCUACAGCCGAGGCGUGGAUCCCUGUCUCUUCUUGUGACUUACAUGCCUGUCACCACCAGCCAGCCCGACGAACCCUGCUCUCCCAAGAACAGACCACCUGUCUCCAGAUGUCCCAACAGUGACGAGUGACAGAGGUGGCUGUGGACUUUACUUCUCCUUGCUGGGUCCUGCCCUGGCCCUGCUGAUCACUCUCCAGCUCUCUAUAAAACUGGUGCCGAAGUUGUGGUCUUCUAUGUCCAGCAGAGCCCUGGGAGCCACUGCCACCCUCACAGGGGUUCCUUGCUGAGAACCAAAGCGCUUCACCUGCCCCUACAAUGGCUGCACACCUGGCUAAACCCAGUCUUCUGUGUCGUGUCUGAGUGCCAGCUAUUGCUCCUUCCCCUGAAGGAGCUGGGCUGCGGAGGGAGCAGCCUCAGUCCUCUCCUAAGUGUCACUGCUGUGGCUUUUCUUGCCUUUUCCAAACAAGCCCUGCCAGAUCCCAGGCCCUAUACUGCUGUGCUUGGUAGACAAGUGGGAAGCCUGGGUUUGGAGCCUGCCUACUUGGCAGGCAGGUAGCGAUGAGGCCGACUGUCCAGCCCAGCCCCACACUGCCAGAUGUUAGCAGAAGGGCCAAGACUGAACUUCCUGAUUGGAUGAUGCCUUUAAAGCCAUUGGGAUGACUGCCAGCCACUGUGCUCACGUGAAAGCGCCCCUUUCCAUGUGUGUAGGCAUUUCGUUGGUUCAUAAAGCUUGAUUUUUCAUUAAACAUGUUUUUAAGAAUCAAA